CACUGGGGCACGAUAUGUGUUCUGGGGAAGAGAUGGCGCGUGCAGUGCAGAGUACGAAACGACCGUGCGUUCCUGACGCAAUGUAGACCCCUCGGCGCGUCUUCUGCGACGCGUGCAGAAUUCGAGUCUGACGAUUCCCACAACCUUGUAUAUAAAGCAUGACUACCGUUUGACUAUGCCGCGAAGGCCGGUCAAGGUGCCACAGGAGCAACAUUUCGACGCCCUGGAGCCACCUCUACGGCAAAGGCGCUUCAGCGACCGGAGGAAAUCCGUGAGGCCCGCGGCUCACAAUAGGAUAUCACCGCUCACCAAAAGCCAAGCGACAUUAACCCAAGUUGGAUGGAUCAACACUCCUCAAAUUACGGGGCAUGGCAUUUUCGGUAUCUCGAGUGACGAAGAAGGAGAUGCUUACGGGGAGACACGCCCGAAGAAGCGAAGAAAGACCAGCUCGAAAACGUCAGAACGUACCGAGAGCCAGCCUAGUUACACGCAAGCCAUAAGGAGCGCGCCCUCCAGAAGAGCUGAUCGUCUAGCCCGGUCCGCCGGUCUAGAAUUUGAGGUUUUUGAGGAUGCCAACGAGCCUGCAGGUACCCCAAUGGAGGCUGUGGCAAAGCGACGCACAAGGCGAGCAGUCGAUCGCGUUCAACCGACAGACUGGGAUCUAGAGGAUAAUAUUGGGUGCGGCAGCCCGAUGGGUACGAAGCAGUCGCCUGAGAUCCCAAAUAGCUCCUCGCAGGCGGAAGGCGCCGAGAAUGCCAUGCCCAGGCCCGCAACCACUAUUAUCACGCCACGCAAUGUCCGGUUCGUAGAAGUACCAUCAUCACAGAGUCCUGCAAGUGUCAAGCUCUCUUCGCAAAAGCCCUGGCGGUGCAGGAUGCGGAGCCGGUCACCGUUACAAGAACGGGAUGCUAAUGUACGGACUCCGACCCAUGCUAAGACACAGGAUACCUCACAUGCAACCCCCGACAACAAGCAUUAUCCUGCUUUGGAGGAAGAGUUCGCAGAUGCUGGGACUGGUAGCCCCAAGUCGAUCGCAACGGUGACGGCAGAGCCUGCGCGGACAUUGAAGCGCACAACCACAGUGCAAGACUCACAGUGUGAUGAUAUUGACCUCAAUAGUGCGCAGGACUCUGGUAAUUCUGGAUGGUCUACCACUGAUAACUUCUUCGGUCACGACGAGUGCUUGGGCCAGUAUCACAGCAUUGACUUAGACGAUGGUCUGUUCGAUCCAGCAUAUUCCGCUUUGGACCGGGACGCUGCUCGUUUCGCCUUACGAGCCCAGACUCAAGGACACACCCUGGUACCCCAAGUCAGUAACAGCACUGACACUGAAGAUGAUGGUCUGCUCAACGAUGAGCCGGAGCAAGGCUUGCCAGCGCUGGCUGGAGAUGAGCGUCCCGCGGAGGCGGGAAUCGUGAGCGCUGAGGGGUGUGACGCCGUGGCUGCAACGCAACCAUUAGAAGCCAGAGUUGCCACGCCGUCAAUGGAGUGUCGGCCUACUACCAAGCCGUGGUGCGACCACCCAUCGCUCGAGGAGGAAGAAGAAAGAGUGCCAUCCUCUCCGCCCUUACCGCGGCCAUCACAAGUCAGCACAAUAGUACCCACUCAAGCAUCGGUUGUUGCGCCAUUUGCGAAGUUCCUAGAGGCUACACCAGUGCUCAACUCACCAUCGAAGGCGGCACACUCGUGGCACGAGACUGCGUCUAGCUCGCCUCUACCGCUACCGCCCUGGAGCUCGCCGGAACGGGAGCGUUUCGUGGAAUUAUUGGCAACGGAAGGAGAGCAAGAAGACGGACUACCAGAUCAGAAUACAGUAGGGACUCUGCAGAGCCUUGUGGACUUCAGCUUGCCACCUCCUCCGCCCAUGAGCUCGAGCAGUGGCGUGCGAUCAUCUUCGCUUGGAGCUUGAGCUUGCUCUUUCUUUAUGUGCAGGAUAGUGAAUCGCAGUCGAACUGCCUGUGAAUUUGGAACAGCCGGAUGGAUACUAUAAGCACUAGGCGUCGCGCUCGGCUCAUAACACUACCGCUCAGAGAUCGUGUUGGUUUGUCGUGAAAUAAGUCACGUACUUUCCUCUCCUGGCGAAGUUGGCAUGCCAGGAAAAGACCUCAUCUGCGAGUUUGUGCCGUGGUGUCUCCUCUCGUCCGUAUACACUUCUCCAUCUCGAUCGCUGCUCUCCUCACCCGGAAUGCUUGCCUUGCAGCUCAACAUCUAAUGUAUAAGUCGUGAGUGUAGUUGAAGCUGGUGGUCACUCACUACAGUGAUACCCCCCGUGACUCCAUA